CGUCGCUGAGCUGCUGUUUGAGCUUUGAGCGGCAUGAGUAGGAGAAUUUCGUUAUGUGUCAUCAUUUCGUAAAUUUGUAGUCUCCAGUCGUCUCGAUCCAGUGAAGUCUUCGUUUAUAAGCCAUGUUUUCGAAGAAAAAGGAUUUGGACGCGUAUGUCAGUGACAUUUUCAAAAAGUCAAAAAGUGAAAAAGAGCGAAAUUCAAAGUGCUUGACCAUCGCGAAGCAAUACGCUCAGCUUCAGGAAUGGGCAACUGCUCGCAGAUAUGUCGGAGCUUACAUCCAAGACCAUCCGAAUUCGGCUCCCGCGAUGCGUUUACAAGGAGACUGCGAAGAGAACCUGGGAAAUAUGGAGAAGGCUCUCAACUCCUAUCGAAGCAGUCUGACAGGGGACCCGACACAGAAAGAUCUCAUAUUCAAAGUCUGUGAGCUACUGUGCAAAGUCUCAGUCGACACAGAGACCUAUCAGUACUGGGCUGACCGAGCAGAGUCUCUUGAAAGCACCCACCCGUCUGUUUUCAAGCUGAAAGAACACAUUCUUACAUCUAUAUCGUCUAGUAGCAGUAUCAGUUUUGUUCCUCAAGAGUUAGAGGCCUUGAUAAUGGCUGAGCAGAAGGCUCGACCAGAAGAUCCAAGUCCAAAUUGCCGGCUUUUGAAAUUGUACACAGGGAAAGGCCAGCACUCUAAAGCCUAUAAGCUUGCAGUUGAACUGGAAGCUAAAAGCCCAUUCAGGAAUGACAUAAUGUGGUAUGAAACCCUUACACAGUCUCUUGAGGAAUGCAAGAAGAGCGUAGAAAACAACUGGGAGUUUCAUUCCUUCCUACUUCUUGCCUUGGAACGUCUUUUGUCUCUGUGCAUUGAUAACGUGUUUGAUCACAGCAAGCAGAACAAUUUGGUCCAUAAUAACUUGAGCACUGUCAUUGACACAACGUUCAAGCUUGAUCAAGCGCUAUUUUCAGCACAAACUAUUGAUAAGCCUGGCUUGACUAGCAGGCGUGCUCUGGCUGAGCAUCUGAUGCAACACCUUGUUGCUCAGCUAGCAUUUCAUCUUGCUUGCAUCCUCUUCAAGAAAGCCAAAAGGGAUCCAGCUCAAUGGAAGUCAGCUAAAAAGUUCAGCGGCCCGCUGUUGAUGUUAGCAUAUCAAACUCAGAUUCCGGAUGAGGAUUUAUCGUGGUUCAAAGAUUUGCCAAAUUCUCUCCAAAACAGCACCAAGCUGUGGAUGAAUGAUGGAAGACUCCGAAAGAGUCAAGCUGGUAACAUUCUUCUGGGGUUAAACAGGAAGAAAAAGUUCUUGGAUGUCAUCUCUCCUCUGUUAGUAACAAAGUGGCAGGAAAAGUUGUACGAGGACAUCUUUGUAGAGUACCCCAGGAGCAGCCUUACUUCGUAUUUGGCUAUGAAAAUGGAUACAAACAAACUGAACAGAAGCCUUCCAACCUCCAAUGAGCUUGGGCCAUUUGAUGAAGCCUCUACUUUGUCUUACUUCGACCAACUGCCUCUUCUUGUUUGGUAUGGCCUUCAGUUCCGAGCUCAAGGACACCCCUGGACUCCACUCAACGAAAUGAACGAUGACCCUAACCUGGUUGCACUCAACGUUCUACCAGCAAAGUCACUUUGUGCAGCAUUUCCCAGUUUGAAGCGAUUCAACAAAGACUUGCCAGGAAUCAAUCAGCCUACUCCCGAAAGCUUGUCUCAGAUGGACAUUGAUGCGUUCAUCUUUGCAUCAGUUGCUUGCUCCGCAAGUGUGCUAGAAGGAAAUCAAAUUCGCUGGAGUGAUGAAAAACCUGAAGUCCUCCCAAUCUGCUUGUCUGAAGAGCUGUGUACUUCACCUCAGAAAUUAUGGUGGACAAAUGUCUGUCGCAUUCUGAAGCCAUCAGCAGGUCACUUCUCUGUAUCAUCAGAGACAAGGAAAAUAAUCAGAAAUGGACUAGAAGCAAUAAGAUCAGUUGACUCGCAAAGUGGACAGCAGGAUGUCCGUCUCCUUUGCGCACUGGCUAGAUACUUCACUGCUCAAGCCAUCAAGAAUGAAAAAUGUGGCGCAGAUGAUGACCUCGUUGCCGCUCUCUACUUGCGAGCAAGCCACUACUGGUCUUGCGCAAAGCCUGCGCUGGAGAACAUUAAGAGCGGGAGAGCUUUGAGACAACUUCACCCAGAUAGGCUCUUCGCACUAAUUGGCAAAGAGUUGGACCGAUUUGGGGCAGAUUCACUGUUGUAUGAAGCAUGUUUUGCUGCUGGUGCUCAACUUGUCAAAAAUGGAAGAUUUGAAGAGGCUAUUGAAGCUUUUGGUGACUUGUCCAGUCCUUAUGCAAGCAUGGAACAGGCAUUGCUCUACAAGAGAAUGGGAGAAGCUGAGGAUGUUGACAUGCCAACUAAAAAGAUAUAUUUCAAGAGAGCUUUGGGCAGUUUCUAUCUCACCCUAGACAGGCUGAAGGGACAAAGAGUGGAUCCCAGACACCCAUUGAACAACUCUUUGAGAUUAUACAUUGAAGAAACCGAGGAACAAAUUAAUGUGCUUUUCCCUGAUGCACAUAUCAGGAAUCAAGAAUUUUUAGUGCGAAGAGGUGAUCAUUCUUAUAGUGACGUCUCUGAUGAGGAAGACAAUCCAAGAACGCCAGCACCAAGGGCUCAUCACAGCACUCCAUUCACCUCGAGCCGCGCACGUCCUGUAACUUUAUCAAAUGGUACUCCUGCAAAUGGUAGCCAGCGGAGUCAUAAUUACUACAGAUCACCAGCAGUCCUGACACCGAGGCCAAGAGAAGAAGCGCGGCCCAGCCCUGAAAGACUUGAAGCUCAAAUGCGUCAGCUUAGUGUCCAGCGGGAGGGUGAGCUGCAAGCAAUGGCUCGCAUUGUGGAGGCAACCAGGAGCAGUGACAACGGCUUGAGAACAGAACUGCAGUAUUUCAAGGAUGCCGUGAGCAAAGACCUGCAAGCUAACCAACGGGAGAUGAUGGAGUUGAGAAAAGAGACAGAAGAACUGAACAAAAACUUUCAAAGUGUUCAGAAUGAUUUGCAAAAGGUUUUAAAACUUCUGAAGACAACCCAUAUUACCAACAUUAGUCCUGCUGUUUCUGAGUCUCGAAACAUUCCUGAUGAAGACCAUCAUUAUUAUGGAGAGGAGAUUGAAAAUGAAUAUGGCAAUGAAAGCUCAGCAAUAAACCUGAGUCAAGUUCCGCACCAGAAAUCCUUCCCAACUGCCGCUGCUGCAGGCAACACAGCUGGAAACUUUCCCAUGUACAACCGUGCUGUUUUUCCUUUUCCGCCUCCAAAUUAUUUCCCACUUGCUGGUGGAGUUGACACAACAGCUCUGAUGUACCAAAACCUGCCUUUCCUGGCACCUGGAGCACUUCCUUUCAGUGAGGGACAGCGUUUACCAGAAUUCCAAGUGGGUGCACCCAAUUUGCUGCCAGGCCAAUUGCCUGUAUCAGCAACAGCAGCUCAAAAUGCUGCUAUUUACAGCCAACUGGUACAGCCGCCAGUGCAGCUUGCAAUGGUCAACAAGGUUCCGCCUGUGGCACCAACUGCGCAGAUAGUUUCCGAUCCCACAGCUCCUGUGGCUACUAAGACUCCAGAGAAAACGCCCUUACUGUCGCUACCCCACGCAUUCCAAAUCACUAUGCCUGCUGAAGCUCAAAUACCAACUGCUUCUCCGCUUGACAAAGCUCCUGCAUUAGCUGAUGUGUCUCCACAAAUGAUUUUGCAAAAUGUGCCUACUCCGGCCUAUUCUUCUGUAACCCCAGAAGCUUCAAAGCACACUCCUAGAAUCUCUAGAGUGUCGGUGGGUUCUGUUGUGUCAGAAGAUGGUGAAGUACCAGAACACGAUGCAAUUCCGGACUUCAAGCCCAUCAUUCCUCUGCCAGAUGAAGUUGCGCCAAAUACUGGUGAAGAGGAAGAGAAUGUUCUGUUUGAGAACAGAGCUAAGCUGUACAGAUUUGUGGAUGGUGAAUGGAAAGAAAGAGGAACUGGACUCAUGAAGAUUCUAGAGUCAAUGGAAACCAGCAAAGUGAGGAUCCUAAUGCGUCGUGACCAGGUGUUGAAGGUCUGCUGUAAUCACUUCAUUCCUUCCGACAUUGUUCUCUCGCACAUAAGUGGGAAUGACAAAACUUGGUCUUGGGCAGCUCAAGAUUUUGCAGAUGAAACUGUCCGUGUUGAGAAGUUUGGUGUCAGAUUCAAAACUGUGGAAGAAGCAAACUUGUUCAAGGACACCAUUGACAAAGUGAAAGCUAAGUUGCCUAAAACUCCAGUUUCAAAACUUGUGGAUUCCUCGCCAACUUUGAUAGCUUCUUCAAAGAGCCCUGUUUCUAAACCCCCAUUGAUUGCUGAGACUCCAAAAUCGUCGAUCAGCGCAAAAUCUAAUGCCCCAGCUAGUACUGUGUCAUUCGGUGGCUUUACAUUCACCUCUGCACCAUCUUUGGCCAAGAAAGCAGACGAAGACAGAGUGGAUGUUUCUAAAAAGGAGGAAACAGCAUCCAAACCCAGCCCAUUUGCUGGCUUUUCCUUCGGAACUCCUUCUUCAACUCCAUCAAUUUUUGGCUCCUUUGGAGGGCAAAAAAGCGAAACCUUUGGAGGAGUUUCAGCUUUACAGUCUUCUGAAAAGAAUGAAAAAAGCACUCCUUUGUUGGGAACAACCUCUGUGUUUGAAAAUUCUCCAGUCUCGCAAUUGAGCUUUGCCAGCAUGUCCCAGCAGCAACCCUCCACAUUCUCGAGCAGUGCAGGCAAUUUCAAAGGAUUUGAUGGUGCUGGUACUCUUGUGUUUGGAGGAUCCACUCCUUCCAAAUCCACCACUGCUGUUGAAAGCACUGGAUCAGUCAGUUCUUCUGCAGUUUGCCCUGGAGAUGCAGAGAGCGCUGAAGAUUUCAUUCCCACGGCUGACUUCAAGCCUGUUAUUCCUCUUCCUGAACUGGUGGAAGUCAAGACAGGAGAGGAAGGCGAGGAUGUAUUAUUUGAAAACCGGGCGAAGCUAUUGCGAUUUGUGUUGGAAACAAAGGAAUGGAAGGAGCGCGGUAUUGGCAAGAUGAAGAUGACUUGGAAUCCAUCAACUUGUAAAGUCCGGCUUGUCAUGAGACGAGAACAAGUCCUGAAAGUUUGUUGCAACCAUUUCCUCACCCGAGAAAUGAAGCUGUUGCCCAUAAGUUCGUCUGAUAGAAGCUGGACUUGGGUUGCCCAGGAUUACUCCGAAGGAAAUCUGUCUCAGGAAACACUCGCCAUCAAAUUUAAAAAUCCGGAAGAGGCGUCUGCUUUUAAGGAAAAGUGGCAGGAAAUUCAAAAAGACAUGACAGAUGGGGACAAAUUGUUGCGAGGACAGGCCCCUCCAGCUCAAACACCUGCUACGUCAGUCACGCCCCUAACUGCAGACAAGGACCUCAUGAAGCAGUUCAAAAAACCUGAGGGCAGCUGGGAAUGUAAAGAUUGUUACAUCUCCAACAAAGCAGAUGUGACCAAAUGCGUAGCUUGUCAGACUUCAAAGCCAGGAUCAGAAACUCCAAAAAGCAACCAAACUACGACACCAGCUGCUGGUGGGAGUCUGAUGAGUCAGUUCAAAAAACCUGAGGGUAGCUGGGAUUGCAAAGCUUGUUACAUUAACAAUAAAUCAGACGUGAAUAUCUGUGUGGCAUGCGAAACUGCUAGACCCGGAUUUGAGGGUACAAAGCCAACCAAAAACCUCACACCUGGCUUGACUUUUGACUUCAAGUCUUCUGGAUCUUCAAAAUUUUCGUUCGGCAAUGCCGCGGCAGCAGGUCCUGUCGUCACCUCCAGCUCAACAUCAACCUUCAAUUUUGGAAAUCCAAGUUCCACCUCCACCUCAAAACCUGCCUUUGCUUUUGGUGUGUCGCAACCAGCCUUCUCUUUUGGAACACCAAAAAUUACUGAGCCGUCCUCCACUACUACUUCAUUUGGCUUCAAGUUGCCAGCCACACCUGCGCAGAUCACUACAAUUUCUACCAGUGCAGUAAGUCCUGGAGAUGCUGAAGAGAGCGAUGGAGAAGUUGAAAAUGACGAGGGAGACCACAUUCACUUCACGCCCAUAAUUCCGCUACCUGAGAUGGUGAACGUUGUUACUGGAGAAGAAGACGAAGAACCUUUGUACAGUCAUCGUGCAAAGCUGUUCAGGUGGGCAAAUGGUGAAUGGAAGGAGCGAGGUAUUGGAGACUUGAAAAUCUUGAGACACAAACAGAAUGGGAGCAUCAGGCUGCUGAUGAGACGAGAUCAAGUGCUCAAGAUUUGCCUGAACCACCGACUCACCAAUGAAAUGGAAUUUUCGCCAAAAGGCGACAAAAAUCGAUCGUUCCAGUGGCACGCCUCUGAUUUCUCUGAAGGGGAAGUGAGGCAGGAGCAGUUCGCUGUUCUCUUUAAAACUGAAGACAUAGCUAAGGACUUCAUUGAACAUGUAGAAGAAGCAAAGUCGUUGCUUGGAGAUCAUGACUCAUUGGCUGCCCAAUCUGAAACAGCUGCCAAGACCAUGUCGCCUAAUGCUAACAAUUCUAUAUUGGAAUCUUCACUGGCUAGUAAUAAUCAGUCCACAACGCCUUCCAAGAGCUUUUCAUUUGGACAGGAUAACAACUCAUCAGCUAGUGGCACUCCGAAAUUUACGCUUGCACCAUCCAGUUUCUCCUUUGGCGCACCAUCUAAAGACUUCACACAGAAAACUUCUACUGCAGAUCCUUCAGUAGCAUCAGAUGAUGAAGUGAAAAUCUUAGAUGUGAUCAAUGUGCAUGUCUCUCCUGAAGAUGUCAACAAAGCAAGAGCUCUGCAAUUGCCAGACAACUUCUAUUCAUACAAGCAGAAGACUCCAUGCAAAGGAUGCAAGGGCUGUCAAGAUGAGGAGAGUGACAGUAGUUCAGCUUCAGUGAAAGAAGAAAGUUCUGCUCAAGCUGCGAAGCCUGUGGCUGUCUUUGGACAGUCUGCAACGGUGGGAUUUUCAGAAAAAUCAAUUAAACCCGCUUUGAAUGGAAGUUCAAUCAACAUCUUUUCGCCCUCAACUGAUCAGCCCACUUUUGCAAGUCUUGCUCAGUCAAAUACCAGCAGUGGAUUUGGCAAUGCUGCCUCAAGCAAGCCAUUCUCUUGGGGGACUGGAGCCCCUUUGUUUGGCUCAUCGCCUGCGCCUGUGUUUGGCGGCGGUAACACAAAGCCUGUUGCAUUGUUCCAAUCCCCUGCGACAGCAUCUCCAAAAACCGACAAAGAUGGUCACUCAAGUGGUGAGGAGGAGGAGGAAGAGGAAGCGCAUGACCCGCACUUUGAACCAAUCAUCGACUUACCUGACAUCAUUGAUGUCAGGACUGGCGAAGAAGACGAGGAAAAGAUUUUUGCCCAGCGCGCCAAGCUCUACAGGUAUGAUACAUCGACAAAGGAGUGGAAGGAACGUGGCGUGGGCGAAAUGAAACUGCUCUACCAUCAGGCCACUGGAAGGUAUCGACUGCUGCUGCGACGAGAGCAAGUGUACAAGGUCGUGUUGAACCAAUUGCUCACCAAGGAUUUGGAACUGAAGAAGAUGGCUACCUCGAACAAUGCUGUCUGCUGGGGUGGAUUUAAUCACGCUGAAGAAAGCGGUGGAAAAACUGAGGAGCUUGCGGUCAGAUUCAAGAAUGAAGAUUUGUUGAAUGAAUUUAAAUCAAAAGUCGAGGAGGCUAAGGAGCGAUUAUCCACGAUGGCACCUUCAACUCCACCACAAGCUGAUAGGCAUGGCCCCAGAACACCUCCUGUGCAUUACGAAGAGAGUGACGAAGAGGAACAGGAAGAGGAGGAGGAGGGAGAAGAUGAGGAAGAUGAAGAUGAUUACGAGACCUAUGAUGACUAUGAAGAAAACGACCUCACGGACGAACAAGCCACUGUGUUCUCCCGUAAAGAUGGCGAUCCUUUUGGCCCAUGGCUAGCUUUGGGCGUUGGGCGUGUGAAGAUCGCGUACUGCUCUGAUGGACUUUACAGUGUCAUUAUUGAAUUGGACGUCAGUGAAGGAAGUGAGAGCGUCAGGAUUCCUGUUGACUCUCGAAUGCAAGCUUUUUCUGAAAGAACUCAAGACAAAGAAAUUUGCUUUUCUGGCAUGAACCAAGCUCAAGACACAGACCGAGUUGAGUACUACAAGGUGUUGUUCCAAUCUAGCAGCGCAGCAGAUGAUUUUCAGGCCCAUUUCUCUGAGGGAUUGGUCAUGGCUGAUAACUUACAGCAAGAAAAUGAUGUCGAACCCUGAAGUUUUGCUGCUGCUUUACUGGUAUUACUAUUUGCCAAUUGUAAUUUAAUGGAUAAUUUGAUUCAAAUUUUUUUCGCAUUCUUUUACGUUAGCAAAUGUCAAUGCAAAUAAAUAAGAAUUAAUCGCACAA